AUGUCAAACAACGAUCCGAAGGUUAUUGAAGAAGAAAAAGAAAAGAAUCACAAAUCGGGUCAUAAGGAAUGGAACGAAAAACUGGCCUCGGAAAGUGAAGCAGCUGUCAAGGCAGAUCAGGACAACGAUCCCAAGUCCGUCAAGGAUCUACAAGAAGAAACCAAGAAAAAACUUAAAGAAUAA